AUGCACGUCGUGAUGCUGCCAUGGCUGGCCUUCGGCCACGUGCUCCCGUUCACGGAGUUCGCCAAGCGCGUGGCCCGGCAGGGUCACCGGGUCACCUUCCUCUCUACGCCGAGGAACACCCGCCGGCUCAUCGACAUCCCGCCGGGCCUCGCCGACCUCAUCCGCGUCGUGGACGUCCAGCUGCCGCGGGUCGAGCACCUGCCGGAGCACGCCGAGGCGACCAUCGACCUCCCCUCCGACGACCUCCGCCCGUACAUGCGCCGCGCCUACGACGCCGCCUUCGAGCGCGUGCUCUCGCGGCUGCUCCAGGCGGAGGAGAAGGCGGGAUCGAGACCGGACUGGGUCCUCGUCGACUACGCGUCGUACUGGGCGCCGGCGGCCGCGGCGAGGCAUGGCGUGCCGUGCGCGUUCCUCAGCCUGUUCGGCGCCGCGGCGCUCAGCUUCUUCGGGAGCCCUGAGACGCUCCUCGGCCUCGGGAGGCACGCCAAGACGGAGCCGGCGCACUUGACGGCCGUCCCCGAGUACGUCCCGUUCCCGACCACCGUCGCCUACCGCAGCUACGAGGCGCGCGAGCUGUUCGAACCGGGCAUGGUCCCGGACGACUCCGGCGUGUCGGAGGGCUACCGGUUCGCCAAGACCAUCCAAGGGUGCCGGCUCGUGGGCAUCAGGAGCAGCACGGAGUUUGAGCCUGAGUGGCUGCAGCUGCUCGGCGAGCUCUACGAGAAGCCGGUGAUCCCGGUCGGCCUGUUCCCUCCGGCGCCGCAGCAAGACGUGGCCGGCCACGAGGCGACGGUGCGCUGGCUGGAUGGACAGGCGCCAAACUCCGUCGUGUACGCGGCCUUCGGCAGCGAGGUGAAGCUGACGUGCACGCAACUGCAACGCGUCGCUCUCGGCCUGGAGGCGUCCGGGCUGCCGUUCAUCUGGGCGUUCCGCGCGCCGACCGAUUCCACCUCCGGCAGCCUGCCCGAGGGCUUCGAGGAGCGAGUGGCCGGUCGGGGAGUCGUGUGCCGAGGCUGGGUGCCGCAGGUGAGGUUCCUGGCCCAUGCAUCAGUCGGGCGGUUCCUGACGCACGCCGGCUGGAACUCGAUCGCCGAGGGCCUGGCGCAGGGCGUGAGGCUGGUGCUGCUGCCGCUGGUGUUCGAGCAGGGCCUCAACGCCAGGAACCUGGUGGACAAGAAGAUCGGCGUGGAGGUGGCGCGGGACGAGCAUGACGGGUCGUUCGCGGCCGACGACAUCGCGGCGGCUCUGAGGAUGGUCAUGGUGGAAGACGAAGGCGAGGGGUUCCGGGCCAAGGUGGAGGAGGUGGCCAAAGUGUUUGGGGACGACGAGGUGAAUGAUCAGUGUGUGAGAGAGUUUCUCUUGCACCUGUCGGAGCACAGCAAAAAGAACCAAGGAUAG